UUAGUCAUGAGUGUCGACAGAUGUUGAAAAGGUCUAAUAAUAGACUUGCUACUAGGAUAUGGAUUGUAUUGGGAAUUCCUAGCUUAUUGAUUUUCCGGCACUUUCGAUUACAGACAGAGAACUUAGAUGUAUACACUUCAAUACGAGUGACAGUGCCAACAUUCUGUGCUUGAUAAGAUCGCGCAACCUUUAUUUACAAAAUGGCAAGACAUAAUGGGGAUUUAUAUAGAAUGUUUCAAUCAUUUUAUCACGAACAUGUUCAAAUGAACAGAGAUGAAACCAAGAGAAAUGCAAAUGUUGUGAGGGACGUAGUUGAAAAAAUCCUAGAAUAUGUGAACGGACUAGAUUCAAGGUUUCAAAAGGAACCGGAACAAGUUGGGAGCUUUCAUUCAUUCACAAAGGUUUCGGGGGCAGACGAGUUUGACUACAGCAUUCUAUUUAAUACCGGAAUGGAGCACAGUUGGAGUGAUUUGAACCAACCUGCCUUGUAUGCUGUUGAUGCAAAGCAUAGGAUUGUCAAAUCAGCAGUACCAUUGCGAAUUUUGCCGAUGAAAUAUACUUUAAAAACCCAUAACAGAGGACCUAAUAGUAUGUCAGAAAAUGGUUGUCUUGUGCCUCUAACAUUUAAAAGACAUUUCAGACAGCUGGUACUUAAAGCUGUUGAUUACUUGACAAAGAAUUCCAAAAUUAACCAGACAGUUAUCGUUAAACCUUUGUCCGAUUCGCCAGCUGUGACGAUCACCGUUAAGCAGCGUGGUAGAGACGAAUUAAAUGUUGAUUUGGCACCAAUGAUCAAUACAAGACUGCCAUUUAAAGAUGAGUUCGGAUGGCCUAACCAUAGGGCUCAAUGGCCAGCUAUAGAAAAAAAUCAACAACUAAAACAUAUCAAAGUAAACUUAGUUACAUCCGAUCGUCUUUACUGGAAAUUGUCUUUCGCAAUUUGUGAAAGAGAACUCCUUGUAGAUAUAGAUAGGGAUGGAUCUGGGACAUGCAGGAGGAGAUCUCUUAGAAUCAUGAAAAGACUUCGAGAACUCUUUUGGUGUUCAGAUCAAGACGAUCGAGACGGUCUCACAUCCUAUCAUCUGAAGAAUUUGUUAUUUUAUGAAUGCGAAAGACUGCCAAACGAUUAUCAAAUAUUCGGAAAAUCUUUUUUAUUUGUUAUUUUCAUUUUUAAAGGCGAACCUGUUUAG